AUGGCUGGACGAUAUAGGAUUGUUGACUCUGUCCUUUCCGUUGAUGCGAUAACUCAAAGAUCUCACCAUAUGCGAGACAUUUAUGCCAUGCGUUACGCGGAUUCAACAAUCCAAUUCCUGGCAUCUGUGGGAUUGAUCCACAAUUCAUCGGAAUGUUGUAAUGAGCAGAUGUACCUUGCAUCACGCAAUACAGUAUCCGAUGGGAAAAUGUGGAGGUGUACUGUUUGCAAGCAAUAUCGUAGCAUUAGGCGAGACUCGUUUUUCGCGGGUUCACACCUAUCAUUGACUUGUAUCCUCGAGUUGAUGUAUUACUGGGCGAUAAUUGACUGUAAACAGAAAGUUGUGAUGGGCGAAGUUGAAAUAGGACGAGAGGCAAUUGUCAACUGGUACAAUUACUUCCGCGAUGUUUGUGCCAUGUGGUGUUUUGACCACCCUGUGCAACUUGGAGGAGAAGAUGUUGUUGUAGAGAUCGAUGAAUCCAAGUUCAUGCACAGAAAAUAUCAUCGUGGUACUUAUCGAGAAGGCCAUUGGGUCUUAGGCAUUAUUGAGCGCAGUAGUCUGAGAUGUGUCUUAGUUCCUGUGCAGGACAGAAGUGCAGCAACAUUGUUGCCCAUUAUUACCCGCCAUGUAUUGCCAGGAACUAAGAUUAUCACAGAUUCAUGGCGAGCAUAUAACAGCCUACCCAACCAUUUAACUGUGAACCACAGUGUUAACUUUGUGGAUCCCAACGAUGCCUCAAUCCACACAAACACCGUGGAAGGGAUGUGGAGUCAUGUAAAAUCCAAUUAUCGGAAAAUGCAUGGAACGUCCGAUAAUCUGUUUUCGACAUAUCUGCAUGAAUUUUGUUGGCGACGUUACAACAGCAGUAAUACUUUUAUGAGCUUCAUAAAAUGUAUUAGACAGUAUUAUCCUGUAUGA